UUCAAUUACCUGCCAAUAUUUUUAUAGCUUAAAUCAAUGAAAAUUUCUUCGGUUGAAAAAUUCAAACAUUAUCGAUUUCUAGGAGCAUCAUUGACCUUGAAUUUGUCUUCAUUGAGUAUCACAAAAUAAUGAAACUGAAAAUCUCUUAAUUAUAUAGCUGAAUCGCGUUACACUUCUCGUAGGCUAAUCUAAAAAAAACAGAAUUUAUUCAAAAAAUACUCAUUUUGUGAAAAAAUGGAUGUAUUAAACGUAACAAAUUUUACGGAGUUAGAGGUCAAAACACAAUAUGUACUUUCAAUUCCUGAAAAAAUUGCUCAACAUAUUAUGUGGCCAACGACCAUAGCAGCAAUUAUCGGAAAUUCUUUGCUUUUACUCGUAUUUUCACAGAGAAAUCUGCUCAAAGUCCAUGAUAUGUUGAUCGCAACCCUUUCAUGUUUAGACCUUGUUCACGCUUUUAUGAAUAUUUUCAACUAUUACUUCAUGUACAAAAUACACGAUUUAUUCCCGAAGUUCAAUUGUUUUCUAAACAAUUUUAUGUACCAUUUUGUACUUCUCUCCAGUUGCUUCACACUGAUUGAGAUCACGAUCGACAGACUUCUGGCUGUCUGCAAUGUCAUGUUUCACAGAAUCCACGCGACCAAGAAGCGCUGCUACUUGACUAUUGCAUGUACUCAGCUCUUGGUCGGCUUCCUUGUCAUGCCCUCGGCUGGAAUUUGCGUCGACGGCGCAAGAGCAGGCAGCAAAAUCUACAUGUAUGUGACCCACUUCCUUGUGGGUUCUGGCACAUGUGUGGUCAUGGGGGUGUCCUACUUCAACAUCUGGGCUACUGUGAAGCGACAAGCCAAAGCCUGGGCAGCCCAGAACAAAGCAGCAGGAACAAACAGAGGUACAGGUGACAACAAUCAUGGAAGGGGAGAUGGUGAGAAGAGCGUUCGGCCCACCGAAAGUUUCCCGCUAUGCAGCACCACGUCCACCGGUCACACAGCAAUCAAUACGAGCAAUAAAGAGAAAAAGGAGCAGAAAGGACUUCAUAAGAGUAACUUCAUUGAAGAUGAUGUGAAGGUCAAGAUCACGCCCAAUUCGGAUAUAUCCG